CACUGUCUUUUUUUUCAAGUUGCCAAGUUGCGCUGAAGUGAUAUUUGAAGUGGGGCCUGUACAGCUUACUUUCGGCUAGCAUAUCGCAAGACCUCUCACAACAAAAUCUGAAAGGUAAAUCAUUUACAGACCGAGGGCCUUUCUUGAGAACUCACCAGCAUUGGGAGAGAGCUCCGUUGAGAGAGAACUGAGCACCUCAAGGCUAAACUUGGCCUUUUUUGUGACACCCACUCCCACCCUUACCUAAUAGAUCAGGAGUCUGUGGAAUGCAAUGACCAGAGAUUUCCAAGUACGUAACUGUAUGCAUCCUGAAACAUGUACCUAUCUUCAAACAUUUCCCCUCCUCCUGCAGAUUCUCCUUCUCUCUCCUCCCCAAUAUUGGAGUGUCUUGUGCUUGGCCAUCAGUGACUAAGCACCCAGUCGGCAGGUAUCCUUCGCAGUUUCAGAUUGCAAUGCUUCCCGUUAUCUGGAACAAACCCUUCUUUCCUCCUCUUGCUGCUGAGGCCAUGAUGAGCGUUGGCCCAAAGUUACCCAGUGACGAUUUGAACCCUCGCCUCCCAAAUCCUAGUCCAACGCUCUCUUUUUUCCUAGUCUAGCUCCCCAAUCUCUAUGCUAUACCAGCUCUCCAACAUGUUGCAGAUGCAUAAAUUGUCACCCGACCCCCCAGUCCACUUUGGUAAUACUAUUGCAGCUCCUAAUAUCAGAGGCUCAUUCACCUGGGCCUCCCCCCGCCCUUCCCCGCUACAAAAUGACUUCGUAGGCCAUUGCCUGCCAUAACAGUCUCCAUGCAAAGGGAUAAAGGGGCAGAAAUUGGGACAUCAGAAACUGGCUAUUCUUCUUCAACAAAGGGAGACUCCAGUUAAAACUGCUGGACUAGAUUAUCAACAGGUUUGACUGUGCUCAUCUAGGGCUUAACUGGAACAAAGGCUUUGUAGCCCUGCUACGUUUUUUUCUGUCCUUGUAAGGCUUCUUUUUGUCCCAUAGCAAAGGUGUUAAAUUAGCAUAACAAAAGAUAAAUUAUCAGUUGCAAACUCUUUUGUGGGUUAAGCAUCUGUAACUUGCAUACAUCUUAGCUUUCAGCAAAAUUGUCUACUUCUUGCAUUUCAUAGAUCCCGUGUUUACAACACCCUCCCUCCUUUUUAUUAUAUGCAUAUAUAUAGAUGAAAGCUUAAUUAAGCCAGCCAGUUUUAUGCUGCCGCAAGACUGAGUUUCUCUAUUUCUUUUUAAACUGCUUUUUCUUUUAUUUCCCUUGUCUUUCUUCUUUUGCAGAUUAAUCUUGAAGGUAUCCUUAAGCAAGCCCUGUUGAAAAUCUUGUCCUCCCCCCUCUCAAUUGUCUCCUUCUACUUUAAUUGAAUGGCGUCCCCGCAAGGAGCUCCAUAAACCCAGCUCCUUUUAUCUCUAACUAGACAGCACAGUGGGACAGGAUUGUCAAGCCCUUGGCUGGUCACAAACCUGGGUUGAUGCACCUACAUGUUCUGCACACUUCUUAGAAGAGUGAUAACACAUGUGAAUCUCCUCAGAUAUUUGAGAGGUGCUCCCAAAGUGUGAACUGCUGUAUUACAUUCAUUGCACACUGUCAUAUUAGAGACCGACAAUCUCAGCCUGGCCUACCUUACAGGAUUGUUUUGAGUGUAAAACAGGGGGGCUUCCCCACACUUGGUUUUAAUGUAUCUAUGUGUUGUUUGUUUGUAAGUUGUUUGGGUUGCCUUGGGCAAGGUAAAGCAGCUAGCAAAUUUAUUUAAAUAAUAAUAAUACCUUGAUCUCCUUGGAGGAAAAGUAGCAUCCAAAUGUAUUAUUAGAAGUAGUAGCAAGAAGUAGUGGUAAUAAUAAUAAUAAUAAUAAUAAUAUGGUUUUUUAUUACACUAAUUUCUUUUGCCCUUCUGUCAUCUCUGAUUAAAUGGAAUUGGCAAUUUUCUGAAGUGCAGAACUCUCUAAAACCUGGACAGAGAGACCAUAAAGGUAUAUGGCCUUCUGUGCGCCAGUAGCGGUUUAGUCAUGCUGGCCACAUGACCCGGAAAAGCUGUCUGUGGACAAACGCCGGCUCCCUCAGCCUGAAAGCGAGAUGAGCGCCGCAACCCCAUAGUUGCCUUUGACCGGACUUACGUAACUGUCCAGGGGUACUUUACCUUUUAAUACAGUGGUUUUCAAAGGGCGUGGCGUGCCACACUGGUGUGGCAGGAGAGGGUGGGAAGAGUGGUGGGCUGAAACAAGGACAAUCAAUGAAACAUUUAAACACUUUAGUGUAGUGUGAUUAAAAAAAAAACAAACUUGCAGAAUAUGGAUAGACAUAUUUUCAAAAUGAAGCAAGAGCAGCAAGUGAUACUGAGGGCAAUCCUAGUUGUAUUUAUUAUCAAUAUAAUGUAUUUCUUAUUGAUAAGACCAUUCGGUGUGGUGCCAGCAAGUUUUUAUUCUGAAAGUGUGGCCGGGAGAAAAAAGUCUGAGAGCCACUGCGCUAAUAGCAUCCUUCCUUAUUAAUCCUAUCCCAAGGCUGAAUGCUCUGGUUAAUGCAUGAGGCUGCAGAAACAGGGGAAACACAAAAAUCACAAUAGUGCUGCCCCCACUGAGCCUCUACGCAAGCGGACACUUGGCCUUCCAGCAACCAUUCAAAAAUAUGAGUUAUUCCACACUGAAAGCAAACAUCACACUAUUUAACCCUAGUUUAGGAACUUUCCAUUAAACGCAUGUGAUUUUUGCCCCAUCGGGGUCGGGCUCCUGUUACCGGGGGUUACAUACGGUGGCGAGAGAGACCCGAGGGGCAACCCACUCCGGCUUAAGCCCUUUGUGGAUCGCCCCGGCCGGCUCCCGCUCCGUGCCCGUUCCAUAUCCGAGGGGGGCUUGCGUCGCCAAGAGCGCGCACUCCCCCCGUGGCGACGCUCACUGCUUGUUUGCUGCCUGCGCUCAAUUCCAGAAUUUAGUGCUGCUAUUUUCGAAAAAGAACAGCUCGGAUUUGGCCUUUCAUCGCCCCGGCCUCUUCAGGCCAGCUGUUCCCCUUUACGCGGAGGGGCCAUUGCGCUCCGCAGUCGGGAAGGAGAAUCGGUGGAAGGAGUGGUAGCAGUUAGCAGCAGGGCUUGGGGGAAACGGAGGCGGUGGGGGGGGGAGAAAGCGGCGGGGGGGGGUUAAGAAAGUGGGUGGGGUGUUUUGGGGCAGCGCCCCGGGAGACGUGCCCCCCGCUCGACGGCUGGUUUCGCUCCCUCCUGCCGUGCGCCUUGCAGGCCUGCCGAGCAGGGGCGGGGCGCGCAGCCCGGGCCCGUGGGCGUUCCCGCCCGGCAGAGCCGGCCCCUCGUCGGGGCGGAGGCGGUGAAAUAGAGGCGGGAGGGCGGGCCCAGGGACGGGGCUGGCCCGGCAGCGCGACCUCGGCCAGGUAGAGCGAGCUUGGGAGCCUCAUGCGCGCUGCUGUCGGGCGGGAGUGAGCGAGGCGAGGCUCCAUUCCGUGCGUCCUGCCGCUUUCGCGCCGAGGCGCGCCUUCCGCAUGGCUACGCGGGUGCUGAGCAUGAGCGCCCGCCUGGGGCCCGAGGAGCCCGUCUUCGCGCAGCUCAAGCCCGUGCUGGGCGGCCGGGAAGCCGCGCAGUUCCCGGGGCAGGGUCCCGAGGAGAUCAAGCAGCAGCAAGCGGGCGCAGCAGCCAGGAUCCCCAGCGAGGAGAUGGCGCAGGUAAGCGCAGGGCGCGCCUCUCGCGCUCCGUUGUGAAUCAGGAGUGGAGCCUCGGGCAUCUUUUCCCACCGGAAUUAAAAUAUAGAUGAUUUUGCCUCGGAACACGGGCAGAGUGCACCUCGUGGCGACGCGUUGCUCGGAUCGUGGGCUUUCUCGAGCCCCGGGCUCGGAGCGCGCUGGGUGCGCCUCGGCGCUGGCUCGCUUUGGGUGUGUUUGGGGCAGGGAGCCAACUCGGGCUCUCCGAGGUGCGGGCUGCCGCUCGCCUGGCCUCGCCUUUGCCCCGUCCUAGGUGGACACGGCUCCUUUUUAUGGCUUUCUUCGGGGCUCUUUGCGUUUAAGGGCGAAACCUCGGGCAGCGCGUAGUUCCCCAGAACUCCGCUUGUUAACGACCCGCGAUUAUUGAACGCGGGUUUCCUCCGUGUGGACGGCGGGGCUUUUCACGCCGCUGCGCUCGAAGGCGCGGCGCAAGACACGCAUCUCUCUCUUACGUGCGCAUAGGCGAGGAAGUUGCGAGGAGCCAGUUAUUCCGGAGCCUUUUCUGCAGCGUUGGUGACGGGCCGCUGCUUCUCUGGGCGGUGCCGGGGAAAGUCAGGCGGCAACUUCGCCAAGCCGAGACGGCGGCGGCGGCUUUGGCAGUUCUUUAGGAACUCGCGGACUUCACAGUUUCCCCAUGCCAUUCCUCCCUGGAGCAGAUGUGUUGACCCAUCUCCACCAAACAGAGCCAGCUGCCCUUCGAGGAGGACGCCCCGUCCCUUUUCCAGGCCAGGGCACCCGCUUCCUUCCCCAGGCACCCUUGGGAUCCGGGUUGCCGCCCCGCCUAGCGAGCCAGUUGGUGCCAGGCUCCACGUUUCGCCCUGAGAGGGAGUGGGAGUUGCGCAGCACCCACGCACCCACCCACCCCCUGGCAGCAGAGAGCCCUGGGGCUGAGCCAGUGCCCAGGCAGCAAGUGGGUGAAGGGGUGGGUGGAGGGGGGGUGGAGAGAGAAACUGGCCCGGGCAGUUGUGUUGAAAGCUACAGCUGCCACCUUAGCGCACUUGCUCAGCAGCCGAAUUAGAGUCGCUGCCUGUCCCUCUCGCCCACGCACGGUCAUUUUAGAUGGGGCGAGAGGGAGAAAGGGCAGCGGGGGCGGGGGGGGGGAGAGAGAGAAAAGAGAGAAGGAAGAGAGAAGUUCUGGGACUUUUUCUCGUCCCAGAAAACCGGCUGGAAACGGAUCCACAUGCAAACAGCUGGACGAGCUAAAACGGGAAAGCACAAACCGCUGGCAUUUUUUUUUUGUUUGUAGGAACGCAACCGGUUUUAAUUUGCAACUAUUUCUAGCCCUGGGUUGUUCUUAUUUGAGCGUUUUCUCCUACGUUUUUAUCCUUUUGCAAGCUUUCUUUAAAAAAGAAAAAAGCCCAAAUGUCAGUGGAUAUAAUGAGUGGAAAAAGCCUCAAGUGGGUCUAAACAAAGCAAUGUUUCUUCUCUCUUUCUUUCUCUCUCUCUCUCUCUUUCCCUCCCCCCAAUCUCCAGCCCAAGUGUGUGCUGGAAUAUUGGUUUUAAUUGAUUUGCACAAGGAUCUUAUUUAUUAGAAUGUCGCAAUUCCCGAAAGGUGGGUGGGAGGAGCGAUGGAGGAAAGUACCUCGCAAGGAAGGCAGCUUGGUUUCAGCGAUACUCCCUCUCCACCCCCCCCCCCAAGAAUAGUGUUUCUGUCAUCAAAGCAAGCUCGGUUGGGGUUGUAAACAAGAGCUGGAAAAAGUCGCCUGGCAUGUUGGUGCAGAUCUUGAUCGCAGACAAGGGGGCUGCUGUUUCUCCUUUCUGGUGAGGGCUUUUUGGUGGUGCCUGUGGCUUCAGAGAGGCUCUGAAAAUAAACUUGUUUGCCCAAUGUUCCUCUGGUCAGCAGACCCUCGCUUUGGAGGUAUGGAAGUGUUCUGGCAUGAAUGGACUCCUUACAGAGCAAGGGAGAAUGCAGCAAUUGCUCACUGGAGGGUACAUGAUAAAUGUUUUACUGGUGACUCUGCUUGUAAUGUAUCGGGCUGCGUCCACCCACGGAUCCCCUCACACCGCUAAACUAGGCAAAAGAUUCCCUUUCUCUUUCCCUUGCACGCUCCCUCCCUGCUGGUAAUUAAAGAUCUCCUCAAGGACAGGGAUGUUUGCCGAUGGAUAUGGUUUUAUAGGCUGACUCAGGUUGGGAAACCUUUGCUCUCCAGUCAGGCUGGGUGGCAAAUGCAUAUGCAGGAAGGGGGUCUGUAACAAAUGUGCAUCUUUAGGGACAUGUAAAUGGCAUUCGUUUUGCAUUUGAAUCUUGAGAUCAGGUAGCUAGCUCUGGGUUUAAGCUCCCUUCCCCUGUGUGUCCUGUUUUGAAGCCUGGCAGCGUUCAUUGGAAAAUAGGGACUUGGAUUUAGGUUAAGUGCCACCUUUUCACUGAGGUGGUAUAACACAGCCCCUGGGCUGUAGUAUUUCAGACUGCAGAUGGGGGCUCAUUUGCUUGAAUAGUGCCACCCCCAAUACAAACCCUUCCCUUGCACAUAGAAGCCUUGCAACUUGGAGAAUUUGGGUGCCAGCAAAUUGGGGGAAGUGUUCUGAUCUUGUGAGCUGUGCCCCUGCAAUAUGAAGUGGUACAGCCACCCACCCAGAACUUUCCUAGAUUGUGGCUGUUACACGGAAAUAGCUUUGUUCAUUCUGGGAUCAGAUGCAAGUCUUUAUAUUUGUUCUUCUGGGAUUGGUUUUCCAAAGCAUGAGAUUGGAGGCUCCUAAUUAACUUGUUCCAGCGCAUUUACACACACGGCUGUUCUCAUCCUGCAGGUGUGGCAGGGAAUCAAAAUGGAAAGUGAAGCUGCUCUUAACCUCGUAAGGGCCCAGGGAAAAAAGUUUUACAUGGAUGCAGUCAGGUCUAUGUUUUUCACAUCUGCUGCAGUCUCUUGAUUCCCUCCAUAAAAAUUGCACCUUUGAAUUUCUUCAAACUCUGAGUAUCUUAAGAGGCUAAUUUUUAAUUAUCCAAACUGAGUACAGGAUUUGCGUGUAGGAAAGCACGUAUUAAAACUGCACCACCCAACAUUUAAUUGCAUUCCUGAUAACAAGAGAUAGUUGAUAAAAUCUAAACGCUUUUUAGUGGAAUUGCCUUAUUGUAGUCAGGAAGUCCUGAAGAGUGAGAACAGCAUUUUAUUAAAUGUUGUAAUUUGAACUUCUGGUGUCAAAGCUUUUACCUGUUUGCAUUUUUUCCCCACCUAAAGGAACUCUCUUAUAAAAUUCAACCUGCUAUUUCUACUCUUCUUCUCUUUAAGUAGUUACUGUGAAAAAUACAACUGACACGAUCCAGCUAAAGUUCUAAUCCCCACUAAUUUCAAAGAGAGAGAGUUAGGCUCAUCCUUAAAUUGCUUCUGUUUUUUUCAAUAGGACAUAAGAAUUUGAUUUUGUCUGGAUUGUGUGCUGGGAUUCUGAAUGGCAACAUUUCACUUUUAAUGGAUAAAUGCUUUUUGUUGGUUUGUUUUGGAGAACGGCCCUGUUAGGUUUUGAGUACCAGGACUUGUAAAGAAUUGUAAAGUUGGAAGGGACCCUGAGGAACAUUCUAGUCUGACUCUUCAAUGCAGGAAUAUGCAACUGUCCCAUACGGGGAUCAAUCCUGCAACCUCGGCCUUGUCAGCACCGCGCUCUAACCAGCUGAGCUAUCCAGACUUAAACCUGUAAUAUGCAAAAGGAGAAUAGAUGAAAGUGCCAUUGGUCAGGUUAUCUCUUUUUAGGAGCAUUCCCUUGUACAGUAUAGUAUAGCUAAUUUUUUUAUCUUCUUGUUGUUCUUCAGGCCCGCUGUGAAAUGGAGAAAUAUCUGACCCCUCAGCUCCCUCCUGCCCCGGUUCUCCCUGAGCAUAAAAAGUACCGCCGAGAGAGUGCCUCCGUGGUUGACCAGUUCUUCACCAACAGUGAAGGGGUGCCUUACAGCGUCAACAUGAACAUCUACCUUCCUGAUAUCACACAGCUGAGAACGGGCUUGUACAAAUCGCAGAGGCCACCGGUCACCCACAUCAAGACGGAGCCCGUGACAGCCUUCAGCCACCAGAGUGAAACUGUUGCUCCCGUCCCGAACCCCACCCAGGCGCUCCCCGAGUUCACAAGCAUCUUCAGCCCCCACCAGACACCCGACGUGAACAACCUCUUCAUCAAGCAGGAGCUUCCCACUCCAGAUAUCCACGUCUCUGUGCCCCAACAAGGUCAGCUGUAUCAGCUCCUGAGCUCUCCCGAUUUAGACAUGCCCAACCCGACUACGCAGGCGGCGGUGAUGGACUCCUUCAGUAAUGUCUCCAUGUCCUCUGCCAUGGCGGGCCUUAACACCCUCUCUUCCGCUAUGCCGCAGACAACCAUGAAGCAGUUUCACGCGAUGCCCCCUUGCACGUACACCAUGCCAAACCAGUUUCUCCAGCAACAAGCCACUUACUUCCCGCCUUCGCCCCCAAGCUCGGAGCCUGGCAGCCCAGACCGGCAAGCGGAAAUGCUGCAGAAUUUGACCCCUCCUCCGUCUUACGCUGCUACAAUUGCCUCCAAGAUGGCAAUCCACAAUCCCAGUGUGCCUGCAAACAUCCCCAUGAAUUCGCCAGCCAUCCCAGCGCCCAGGUACAACAGGAGGAGUAACCCAGACUUGGAGAAGAGGCGUAUUCAUUACUGUGAUUAUCCUGGUAAGCUGGGAAGGGGGGGUGGAAAAACCACUAGAAGGCUCUCCCUUGACUUCUUCACCGUGUGUUAAAUAUGAACCAUUGUCGGCAUGGAUCAGAGCAAAAAUUAAAAAUCAAACACCUUUCUAGAAACACUUACCAUUGUUCCUUUUGCGCUGUAUGGAAACGACAGAUGAACAAACAUGGUAGACUACCCAAAAAAGACCAAACCUUUUACCAAAGAGUGGGCCAUGGUGGGGAAAUAGGUUAACUUGACUUGGACUUCACACAAGUGGGGAACUGCAUGUUUGCCGCCUUCCAUGGUGGUGGGGAGGAGGGCAAGGUCUAGGCUAGAACUUAUCCCUGACAUUUUUUCUAUAUGAGGGAGUUAUUAGAUAUGGGGGAGACAUUCACCCCAGCACCAGCACCUGAAGUGGUAACAAUCCAGGAACAGUUCCGCCAUGUUGGAAGUUCUACCAGCAACUGGGCCUUGGACGUAAACCUUGGGUCAGAUUCUUGACUAAUUUGAACUUGAUACGGUGCAGUCUUAACUAUGACUUCUCAGAAGUAAGUCCUAUUCAGUGGGGCUUAACUUCCAAGUACGUGGGCUUAGAACUGCAGUUCUAGCGCUGAUAUGGUAGCCCUCUAGACGUUGUUGCACCAAAACUCCCACAAUCCCUUAUAAUUUUGGCCAGGCUGCCUGGGGCUGAUGGAGGGCUGAAGUCAGCAGCAGCUGGGCAUACAGCUCACUGGUAGUUGGUGACUGCUGUCUGCUGCCAACUCCUUCCUUUUGCUUUCAGCAGGAAGUCCUGUGCGUACACGCAUGUCUCCUUAAGGAACGUUUUCAUUGGGAUCACGUCCCGUUCCACUCCUAGUAGCUGGCAUGACAUGCUGUGGUGUGGUGGCACAUGAGAUGUGGCACUUAACAUUGGCUCUGUUUUCUUUACAAUGUACUGGUCUGAGGGAGAGCUAGGCUGUACCUGAGUUUUACAUACCUUCUGAGACUAGGGCGGGCCCUUAAAUUGCAUUGGUUUUUUCUCGCUUGCUGUAGAGAAUCCACACACCUGCAGAAUUGUCUUCUGACAUGGUGACAACACUUGUGCUGAACUGGUGUGCAAGACACUAUAGAUCAGUGUCUCACAAACUUGGGUCUCCAGCUUUUUUUUGGACUACAACUCCUAUCAUCCCUAGCUAGCUAACAGGACCAGUGGUCAGGGUUGAUAGGAAUUGUAGUCCAAAAACAGCUGGAGACCCAACUUUGGGAAACGCUAAUCUAGAGCUUGAUGCUCUUGUACAGCCGGCCACGUAGCACACACUUGUGUAAUUCCUUGCUGGUAUAGUUCCUAAUAUAAUAAUACGCUAUACGUUACUGCUAGGAGUCUUAUUUACACAUUGAAAGGUAUAGUUUAUCAACUCGCCGCAUAUAAAUUUUGGCGAAAUAAUGCUGUCUGAUUAAUGGACGUGUUUAGGAAUAUAUAGAUAUUGGAGUUGACAUUCUGGGUGUGUCUAAUUGUGCUAUUUGUGGGUUUACUGCUAUAAACCAUCGUUGGGAUCUGCCCUUUUGCUGUUAGCAUAUUCCACUAACAGCAUAUUUGCUAUGUGACAUACGGCAGGUUUGAGUAACUUUCUUAAUGUAUAGUUAGAUCAGCAUGUUGGUGAUGGCGCUGAAUGUUAAAUGUUUCUAGAUGAGCCUUACGUCUCUUCUGUUUUCUGUCUUAGGUUGCACUAAAGUCUAUACGAAGUCUUCCCACUUAAAAGCGCACCUGCGAACUCAUACUGGUAUGUGUUUACUGUGUUUUAAAUGUCCUCUAAAUAUAAAUUGCCCUUCUUUCUUUCUCUGCUUUGCUGAAAGGUUUCAUUUGGUUUGCUUCAAGCUGAGAGAGUUAUAAAUCAGCCAAACAGAGUAGUUAAUAAAAUGAAAACGGACACUUGUUGAACUUCUUAAAAUAAGAGGUUUAAUUUGGGCAGGGAAUAAAUACCCUCUUUGAAGCUCUAUCAUUCCAUCCUGCCCCCCCUCCUUAAACAUUUUCCGACAGAAUUAUGAUGCAAUUUGGUUGGAAGGUUCUCCCCUGUGUGUUUCAGUUUCGUGGACAUAAAGCGUUGUUUUUCGAUCUCGGCUUAACUAUAUUAAGGCUGCAGUCCUGUAACACUUACCUGGAAUUAAAAACCGGAUCGUGUUAUAAAACACUGAAAUCUUCGUACUAUUUCAGUUUGUAAAAACAAAACAAAAACCCAAACCACACAGUUGUUUUCUUCCAAGUGGUCCCCAAAUGACUGUUGUAACCUACCUGAAAGUAAUGGGACACUCAUCCUCUUAAGACAACUAGUUCUAUUUAAAUAAGAAGUGUUCUGUGUUUUUUGAAAAAGAGAGAAUACAUUGUGUGUUUAUUAAACUGAACAAGUUGGUUCUGAUGUAUAUUAUUCAAGGCACAGCUCACUUUUGUGCUUAGCACAGAAGCUUUCAUCAUGUUGCUUACUAGGUUAUUAUUAUUAUUUUGCUAUCUUGUGUUUUCGGAGUUCUUCCAAGCUGUAGAGUUUCUUGAGCAGAUGACUGUUUAGCUUUCUUGGGUCCUGCUGGUUGAACUCAUAACAAUAACAAAAUUCCUUAUGCAAAUAUUUUUAAGUGGUGCAUUUGGUGUAGGUUUGUAGCUGGGUUGGUUGUGGAGCCACAGGCCUUGGAAUUCAAAAGGUAGCGGGUUCAACCCUAGAGAAGUCCUGGUAGGGCUAGGGGAAAUUCCCAUCUGAAACCCUGAGGAGCAGCUGUCAAUCAGUGUAGACAGUAAUGAAAGAGAUGCACUAACAGUCUGGCAUGAUAUAAAACAGUGUGAGAGUUCUGAUGUUUUCCUGUGUAAAAGUAGACGCACAGCAAUUAAAAUGAAAUGUUUUUUAAAGCAGCCUGGGUGUAGAAUAAAUGCCAUAGUGUUUCCUGAGCAUGCAUUUGGAAUAUGUGGAGUAAACUAAAAUUCUACAUAUAGAUGCAUCAAAGUACUUUGAGUUUUCAAAAGAACAUUGCUGUUUGGGGUUUAUUUGUGUGUGGGGGGGUGGCUAGCUCAUGUGCAUUGAGAUUGUGGUUCAAAUGGCCUCUUCAUACUUCUAAAAUUCAAAAGUUUUUUUUUUAAAAAAAAACAACCUAAAAAAAAAAACCUGAAGAGAGAUCUGAGGCUCAUUUCGCCUGCAGAACAAGGGCAUGGAUUCAGCGUUUGCUCAUUGUCAAAAGACUGAAUUGCCUCCGGGCAAAAGUGUUACUAUGGAAAUGUGGUUUUGAUAAACGAAGCUGUUAUCUGUUAAAAGAACAGUUGGAAAACAAAACGAAAAACAAAAAUGGAAAAGCAAUUGUAAGGCAAGAAUUCCCAAGCUGCCGGAGAGUAUACCCGCCCAAAGAGAGUGCCUGCUGUAUCUCAGAACCACCGACCUGUUAUUGCCUCCUUGCAAGCCACCCUUUGCUUCGAGUGGUCCAUUUCUGCUGCACUGAGUAUCUCUGACCGACUCAGUCGCUCCCAAUAGCAGAACAGAAUUGCCCUCCCGUGGGAGAAACACUCCUUGUAUAUCUCUGCAUGAGUUUGGUUCCUUCCACUUGCAGGGCACACCCAAAUGAGUAACUUCUACAGAAAUGUGGGAGCCGAUUCCUCUUGAGUAGGUACCUCCCCCCCCUUGGAAGCUGCCACUUCCUUAUCCAGACCACCUAGCUCUCAGUGAGGACCCGCAGCUUCCAGGGUUUUCAGAUGGGGGUCAGGGUGUGGGGGGAAAUCCCUCACAGCCCCGCCAGGCGAUUCCAGGGAUUGAACCGGGGACAUUCAUGUGCAAAGCAUAUCUUCUGCCACUGAGCCUACAGACCUCUGCUGUAAAAUGAAGUUUGGGAGGUACUGUUCUAAGGUUUGUGCCCAUUGGAGAAGAUGAUAAGUAGAAAGUUUACUUCUACAACAGAAAGUAGAAACCCCGCCAUUUGUGUUUCUCUGUUUAAACCAGUUGCACGUUGUGUAUGCCACGAAUUCAUAAACUCUUCGGCAGAAUAGCCACCAGGCCUUUGCUAAUCCAAGAUUUAGCAUCAGUUCUCGAAGGCUAAAUUUAGCAGCCAGUAGCUUUCAAGUUAUUUUAGCUUGAAAAUUGUGUAAGCCACCCUGAAACGUGUUGUUUGAAGGGCAGGAUAUAAAUCUGUAAAUAAAUAAAUGUGACAUAUGUCACUGCCGCAGCAGUAUUUAUGAAAAAUAAUUUAUAUCCCACUGUUCCUGCUGGAGGCAGUUAUGGAGCUGCGUGCAUUAAAAGCAGCAAAACCUCGAUGAACAACAAUAACAAAACUCAAGCAGCCAAAAUUUCUAGGACGGCUUUAACUGCCCUCCUAAAAAAGAAAAAGACAGAAUGACAGUAAAAGACUUAAAGCUAGGAAUGUUAAAAUAUGUUGCUGUUUUUUUAAGUCUCUAUUUGUGCAUUCAAUAAUGUAAAAUAUCCUGCUGCAUAGAUGGAAGGAGACUUGAUAUUUAAAGUGUUCUAUAGCUCACAACUACUUGGUAAUUUAAAAUCAGCACAGAAACAAGCGUGUUGUGCUCUAAAGAUUAACACAUUUAUUAUGGUUGGCAUAAGUUUUUGUAGAUUAGAGUCCUGUUCAUCAGAGGUCAAUGACUCUAAUAGAAAGAAGUCCACUCUGAAUAAAAUCUGGUCGUCUUAAGUACAUUACAUACUUAUCCAAGUCACUGUUGUACUUUGACAUGGAGAUAAUAUGUACUAACAUGCUGGAGUUUAUAUAUAUAUGGUGUGCUGUUCAAUGAUCUGCAACCCUCCUUUCGUGGUAAGGUAGACGCACUCAACUUGAAAUGUAUUGUUUUUUGAAGGCUUUUAAUGGAAGCACAUAAAAGGUGACCGAUCUAUUUCCACAAGGCUGCCGAUGUUUAUGUCUGGUCGAUGUAACGUGCUGAGUAUUCUGAAAGGAGUUUUCCCAGAAGAUUAUGGGAGCCCUUUGACAAAAAAAACAAAACCCCAAAACAAAACCCGUAUUAAAUUACGAAGCUUAAUUUAGCUGUUUUCCUUAAAUUCUUUGUACUCAUUUGUCUUAGGAACACCCCUCCCCCCAAAAAAGCUAUUUAUAAAAACACUGUAGCAUGAAAGCUUUAAUAAAUGUAGGUCAUGAAAUGCAUGUUAUUAAAGUUUUGUGUGAUACUCUUUCCAAUCCCCUUAGGGGUUUAACAGACCUGUUUAUCUGGCUGAACUUGUUCUGUAGUAUCUAUGGAGGACCACUGCUUGUUUUUUCUCUCUCUCUUCCUAACAAUCCAUUUUAAACUGACUCUCAUCCACCCCUCUCUGUGAUCUGUCACUUUAAAAUACAAAAAGCCUGCAGCAGCAGCAAUCUUGCUUUUUUAGAAGUCAAAACAGAGCGUAUGCUUUCUUCCUUUGUAUUUGGAAACCCCGUGCCUUUUCAUCGUAUUUAUUUAGCAACCUGUCUCCACCUGAACAGCUUUCAGGAGGUUUAAUGGCAUUCUUUUCAGAGCAAACUUAAAGGCAGCAGCGGUUGGUGAGAGAGGUGCUCAGCUCAGAUAGGAACAAGCUUGUAGGAUUUAUAAACUGCAAGAAAUAAAACAAAUGGGCAAGGGACCAAAAAAAUAAAGAAAUACACAGCUUAUGUGGGAGUGGUAGGAACAGGCUCUGAGAUGCAACUGUUGGGCAAAUAAGGGUCUAGCGCUGCUAACCUUUCCAUUUCUGUCGCCGUGCCUUUUAAACAGGCUUUGUCUACAGAGAUUCGUGGGUGGGUUUUAUCUCCAUGCUCACACGUUGGUUUCUGAAGAUCACGCAGCUGUUAAAGGCACUAGAACAGGCCAGCCCUUUUCUCCUGGUCAGUUGGCAACGCUCAUAAAGAUUUCAGCAGCGAUGUGACUUAAAAUCUUCUUUUUUAAAUGGUUUGCUGUAAUUUAUUUUCUCAGUCCUGAAGUAGUUAACUUGCUCAAAGGUUUGUUGGAAUCUACAAUUAUGGAGAAAGUUUAAAAUGAGGCAGGGUGCCUAUAGUGUUGGUUUUGAAUCAGCGAUACCUGGGUCCGUGUCUCUUCAGAACGAUGUCCUUCACUGGGCUACCUUGGCCCAGUCACCAUUUCUUGGGGUUAAGGCUGUUGCCCUGUGUAUACUGUUUCUCUCCCUCCCCAUGAACACAACAAGACUUAUUUCAAAGUAGCCAAAGUAACUGAAAAGGAUAACUGCCUGUGGGAUGCCCUAAGGAGGCCUGGUGAAAGCAAGCCCUGCUCUUCUCGUGCUGUAGAAAUCUGGGGGUUUAAAUUGCCAAAACUCAAAACCGCAACCUGCCUUGAUGCCUGAAAGUGAGCGAGAGGCCAGAGAAUUUGGAGAACACAGUCGUACCUUGGAAGUCAAACGGAAGUCGACUUCCAAAAUGUUCAGAACCCAAAGCACAGCUUCUGAUUGGCUGCAGGAAGCUCCUGCAGCCAAUCGGAAGCUGCAGAAGCACCGUCGGACAUUCGGCUUCCAAAAAUACUUCACAAACAGGAGCAGUCACUUCUGGGUUUGCGGCAUUCGGGAGCCAAAAUGUUUGAGCACUAAGCUGUUCAAAAACCAAGGUACGACUGUAUGGGAUCCAGAGCCACACCUGAGCCCAGUCUCUCUAAUGCUGCUGGUGAUAUCUAAAUCUAAAUCUGGUCUUGCUUUCUAGAGCAGGAAUGGGGAACAGUGACCUUUUCCAUAUGCUGUUGGAAUCUAACUCCCAUCACCAUUGGCGAUCAUGGCUGGGGCCAAUUAGAGUUGGAAUAAAAUGACCUUACGUGAGGCCAUAGGUUCUCAUCCCAGCUUCAGAGGGAAAUUGGUGCUAAAGUACUUUCUCCAAAGCCACAGGACAAGGCUUGCUUUCUCCAUUGGCUGUGGGCAAUAACUUUAGUUUCAUAACUGACGUUACGCAACCCUCACGCUCGUGGACAGAAAUCCUUAUUAUAGGCUGCUGUGCCGUGAACCCUCAACUGGUGCUAUUGGCAGGGUGACCGACCUGAACUCGCUUGCCAGAAGUCAAUAAAAGGAUUCAAAUUGUGUUUUGGUUUUCAAAAAUAAAUAGUUAACUUUUCUGCCGUAGCAUUUGCGCAUGAGAGGUUUCAUACAAAUGCAACUGCAGCUUUCUGAAUAAGUCAAGGCGACCCCCCCUAAAUAGCUCUCCAGUGUUUUUGCAAGCACUCAGCUUAAUUUCUGUAAAGAAGGUGUAUCGGUCAAGUUGCCUGGAGGUUUGUUUGUCUCUCUCUUCCUCUUGCUUGCUCUCCCAGGCCUGAACUUUGUCACCCACAAAGCUGACUGGCGUCCCCCAACCACAUAUUGUGGCCACCAAAUAUCCCUUCCCUGUUCUUGGAGGUUCCAAAUAGCAAUAACAAAACAAGAAAUUUAGCAAACCUCUCUAGCAAGGAUGCAAGGCUUUUUCUUUUUUCUUUUGCUGGUGCAGCAUGAAUCGUGCAGCCCUAAGUCAUCCUGAAACACCCCUGUCCUCCCUAACACAGAUGUGAGAGACUUUACUACUAGCUGAUACAAAGUCUGCAUACGUACAGUGGUAAGCCUAAAACUUACAAGCCUACCUGAGGUUGAGCUGUAGUGCACUCAGUGGAGCUUAGCAGUAGACAUGCAUAGGAUUGCACUGUGAACUCCUGUUUAACGGGGUGAGCAAGCCGCCAUUUGCGUUCCUUAGCUCCCCUAUCUGGUAUGGAAGAUGUUUUUGAGCAGCCUCUGGGUCUUUCUGUGUUGGGAGUUUCUGGGCAGACAUGUUCGUUGAUCACAUGCUUGCCUUGCCAUUAAUAGUUCUGCACUUAAUGCUAGAAACUAUUUCAUCUAUCUAUAGAUAUAGCUUGUAUAUGCUGCCGGGAAAUGGAAGCCACCUCAAUGCUUCCAAGUGGCACUUCUGUAACAAGAUGCGUACAAUCCCCGUUACCAAAGUUUUUAAGGCUUGGCCAUCUAAAACUUCUGCCUCUGCCUCAACUCUGGUUUUUGAUUUCUCUAGCCAGGCACUCUUAAAAACCUUAAAAGGAAACUGUUGUCUGAGAACCAGUGUAGACGGGAGAGACUAUUCAGACAGCCUCUAGAAUCCAACCUGUUUUUUAAGUUUAUUUUUAUCACACCGUUCCUCCAACCGGCUCAAGGCAGAUGGCCUGCCUUUCCUCCAUUUAAUCUUCGUAGGAAGAAGGAUGAAAUGAGAACAAGUGACUGGCCAGCCCAAGACUUAAGGCUGGUGGGCAACUAGAAUGCUGAUACACCCCAAUCCAAGUGAGAAUCACUUCAUAUGUGUUUUGGAAGCUUAUACCGUUGCAAGUAGCUUUGUCAAACUAGGGUAAAUAUCACAGAGGUCUGUGUGUGUCAUGGAGGAAGGCUUUGAAUUCAGCUAUGAUGGGUGUCUAGCCUGCUGCCUAUUGCCCUAUUUUGUGCCUAGUCCCAACAGCCUCCUUCCAGUUGCAACAGCCUCCUUCCUCCCGAGAUUGUUUCUCUGCCCUGUGGUUUUCCACGCUGCAAGAAAUGAGGCAGUCGAAUGGUACAGUCAUGGCACCUGCUUCUCUCAUUGCUGGCUAUUUUAACCGUAUUUUACGAUUUUUAGUGCUGCUUGCUUGACACAUCAGGGGAGGUUGUUGGCGAUUCUGGGCUCUCUCCUUUAGAGGGAUGGGAUGCAAGGAAAAUAAACAAAUUCAAGAUUCCUGCUUUUACCAGGAAGUGAGUUGAGAACAGGGGCAAAAGGUGUUGAAACUGUCAAUAUUUUGUAAAAACCAUCUUUAGUGUGAAUGUGCUGAAGAGCCUAAUUUCAUGAACUGGGACAAGGAACCUUAAAACAUAAGUAUGAAUUGCCUCUGGCUGUAGCCAUGCUUUUCACUUGUUGGCAGAAAUGCAAUUUCUGUAUAGGAGAGAGCCAUGCCUUCAUUUUAGGUCCUAGUAAUAACAUACAUGGGACGCGGGUGGCGCUGUGGGUUAAACCACAGAGCCUAGGACUUGCCGGUCAGAAGGUCGGGGGUUUGAAUCCCCGUGACAGGGUGAGCUCCUGUUGCUCAGUCCCUGCUCCUGCCAACCUAGCAGUUCGAAAGCACGUCAAAGUGCAAGUAGAUAAAUAGGUAUGGCUCCGGCGGGAAGGUAAACGACGUUUCCGUGCGCUGCUCUGGUUCGCCAGAAGCGGCUUAGUCAUGCUGGCCACAUGACCCGGAAGCUGUACGCCGGCUCCCUCGGCCAAUAAAGCGAGAUGAGCGCCACAAUCCCAGAGUCAGUCAUGACUGGACCUAAUGGUCAGGGGUCCCUUUACCUUUACCUAAUAACAUACAUGUGGACUUCUUGAUCGAACAGCUCCUUCCUUGAGGAAUGAAUAUGCAUUCCUGAACUGAGUAAGGCUACCUCUGAUAACUAAUGAAUAGUAUGCAGUACUAACAGGUCGAACACAAGAUGUGUAAUACAAAGUUAUAUCCCUUCACUGUGGAUAAGUGUUUGCAGUGCAGUCUUGCUGUUAAAGAUCUCUGCUAACUCACUGGUUCUUACCUGGAGGCCGGACCCCUCCCCUCUCAAUUGGCAAUUGGUUUGUGUACUUUGGGUGCGGGUAAGGACUUCUCUAGCCUUCUGUCUGUUGCCUCAUGAAAAACAGGGUGAAAAUGGAGUGUAAGUUGAAAUAACAUCAGGGGAGCACAGGGUGCAACAGGCAUGAACGCAAAGUAAUUGGGCAACAAUGGCAAAUGCUUUGGAAUCCAUGUUUACGAGCUCUAUAAACCCAUUCCUUCCUUGGGAGAAAAAUAGCAGAGCAGACAUGAGAUAGACAGCGUACUUUGUCUUUUUUUAAGUGUUUCCUGUUGGUUGCAGGUUUUUGCUGUCCAAGAUCAGGAACAACUGAGCCAAAUUUGCCCUCCCCAAAACUUUUGUAUGAUUCCUAGUGGUUGAUCAAAUUUUUAAUCAAAGCAUGGUAAAUAAAAAAUCCCAGCUGCUGGCAUGGGUUGGUACAGCAGAGGUCAGCCUCUGGACUCCUAGAAGAUAAAGUGGCUCUCAAGAAUUCAGAUGCUGACGAACCCUACGUCUGCUUCAGCUCUUCAUUUUAUGUCCAGUUAUUGCCUUAGAAACCAGUGUGGUUUGGGGUUUGGGGAGGGGGUAGGAGGCUUAGCGAACUGCUCAUGUGUCUCAUUUUUAUUUGCCAUCAUGGAUUUAACAGUGCCAGCACCAACGAGGCUUUUUUUAGUUCUGACCACCAACAAAAUUUUGUUUUUAAUUAAAUGCCUAAUGUCUGCUGAAAGCAUGUCACUUGUUCUCUCAGAGGGAUUAAGCUUCAGUUCCAGGAUAUUUGAUGCCUGAUAAGGAAGGCUGUUGCUAGCUGUAAACACGGUUAAUUCUGAAAGCGCCUCAUGAAAACAAAUGGGGACUGAGUCAGAUGAAUCGCCAUUAUUUGCUCAGGCGCUCCUUAAUUGCGACAAAUUCUGAAGCUUUCGCUUGGGAUCCUGUUGUUACCAACUCUGCACUCUGAAGCAGAUGUUGUUGGACUCCAACUUCUCCCAGUGGUUGUGGAUGGAUGGGAGUUGUAGUUCAAUAACCUGUAAAGCCAAAGGCCCACCCAGCCUCCUCAUUUGUUCUAAAGCAAAUGUUGUAGGCUGCUUGCUUGCUGAUGUGCAUCUCCGGGUGAGGAAAGAUUUGAAAUAUUUAGGGUCAUCAAAUUAUAAGUAGCAAAAAGCCUGAAAUGCUUUUAUUAGGAUCGGCCAAAAUGUCAGCCGUUUGCAAGCUUCCAAAUUCUGCAGAAUUCUUCAUCAGGCUAGAUUGCAAAGAAAAUACACACAGGUCUCUUGUGAGAAAGCCGUCUUUUUAUUAGUUGAAGUUGAUGGAAUAGCAUUAUUUGGUAGGUGGCAGUUAUCUAACGCCCUGCCCCAAAGUUAAGUCUCAGCUACAUAUGAUAGAAGAUUCUUCCAGUUUUAAAAGGACCCUGUCCUAGACGGCUAAAUACAUUUAACAUGAUCUCUGAUUGAAAGCACGUCUUGUGCUCAAACGGCUUUUGAUUUGCCUAGAUCGGAGUGGGAUUUUUCGACUUAACUUUUUAUUGCUUCGAACCGAGUGAAUGGUGGUCUCUGAAUCGUAACUAUAUAAACACUGCCAUUGAAAAGGGGAUGGUGUUCAGCCUAAAAGUGCCAUCUUUGAAGCGUGAAGUGUGAAAAUGGCAGAGCACAGCUGAGCAGCUGUGGAACCCAAACCAAAGACGAGCAAACCUUCUCCCUGUAUACAGAACAUAUAAAUACACAUGCCAGAUGGUGUGGAUUUAUUACAGAUCCUCUUUUUAAAAUUUGACAAGUCUCUUUUGUGUGUUUGUAUGCCUGGUGGAAAGAGACUUGCCUCUACUAUACUGCUAGGCUGGGAAGAAUUUCUGCCAGUUGGGAUUCUCCAAUAAUCCCAGGCUUUCUCCAGGCAACUUUCGAUACAAAAGGGACUUCAGAGUGGGACAGGCUUCUCGUUGGCUGCUGAGGACAACAUGCCUGUAUGCGUUUUUGAGAUAACAGAAAUAACCUGUGGGUGGGAAUAGGGAACUGGUAAAACAUCUCACCCGCUUGGUCCUCAUUCAGUUCCUCUUCUGUAAAAUGGAGAUAAUAAUCGACUCCAAAAGGAUGGACAUGCAAAACCCAAAGUGCAGGGGAGACUGCUUUCAAAUAUCUAAUCGAAUGAUGAAGAAGCAGGUAUUUUAUUCAUGGGUAUGGUUUGUCAAGCAGUUGUGCCAAUGUUUGGGUUGGCCAAUGCAUUUUAACAGGAGUUUUAUCUGCAGAUGGUAACAGGGCAUCGCACCGCCUCCUGCUUUCUGCAAAUUGAGCUGCAUUGAAGGGCACAGGAGCAGGCCUUGCUGACAUUUUCUGGUCAUUUGGCCACUGUAGGAUUGAGAAUGAAAGAACGUCAGAGUUCCAGUUGUACUGGGCCCACCUGUACAGUAAGACCAAAGUGGUGUUUGCUAAAAGGCCUAACUGGGUUCUGGAUGCUCAUAUCAUUGGAUAGAGACAGUGUCGUUUAAUUUAAGUGUUAAGGCUUUAUUUUUUGUGUGAAAAUGCUCUAUGGUGUGCUCAUUUUGAGACAGUUUAAAUUUUGUCUGCCUGCGUAUUGGGGCCUAUAAAAACUAAGGGUCAUUGUUGGUUAGAACAGAUGGGGUUUUUUUUAGUUAAGAAAAAAAAGCUUUGGUUGCUAAAACUAUGCUUUGCUUUGGUUAUAUGGUUCAGCAACCUGGGAUCACUCGGAUGAAGAUGACUUUGAUACAAUCCAAAGUAAUGUUCCCAUGUGCACUACUUGUGAGUCCCACAAUGUGUACCUGAUACAUUUCUUGGAACCAAAAUAGCUCCCCCUCUCAAAAACAUGCGUUCAUAUUUUCAUGCUUCUGUAUGGGAAGGGGGGGACCUCCCAAUAUCGGAGGAACAUUGAGGAAAACUCCUUCCCUGACGAGACCAGAUUGAAGACAAUGCCCUCUAUAUCCUGUUCACACCUGGGGAUAGGUUUCUCUAUACAUUUUCAGAGUUUUCUAGAAGGUGAGAUGCUCUGUGAACCGCCCUGAUUCUCAAAAGUUGGUAGUUGCAAGCUGAUGUGGGCAAGUUUCUUGCAGCUUUAUAUGCACCAGCAGCAAGAAAGUUAUGACUUGCUUUUUGACCCCAAACAAUGUUAAUAGUCAAGUGCCCCCCCUCGUUAAAUGAUUUGGGUUACUGUUAAGAAUUUUAAAAGGUUUGUGUGUGUUGUGAGUGAACUGUAAAUUGGGUGAAACGGGUGCUUCUGAUCCCAUUCAGGGCUAACGUAUUUCCCAUAGGCUUCUGUUGUCUUAGUUGUCCAAUAACUGCAGUAAAUGUUUCUGUUUGCCUCGAUGGGUGUGGACAACCUUGAUAAGAAGUGUGUGCAAGACUCCUUUCCCUUGCCUUGUAUGCAUUGUACUGACAACCUAAGUGUUCGUCAGGUUACUGUAAAAGAUUUAUCACACUUGUCUCUUGACCUUCCUGUUAAGAAUUCAGUUUGGCUUUUGUGGGGCUAUCCCACUUUACAGUUGCAAUAACCCUAUGCGGCGGAUUGUGCCAAGAGAUAAUGGCAUGCCCAAGGCCACUUAGUGCAUUUUGUGGCUGAGAGGGAAUUUGAAUGAACACUCUUCCCGCUAUACCACACUGCCUUUCUUUAUGUGGCAGAGUUCCUCUUGUGACACUUUUUGGUUUAUGGCUUUCCAUGGCUUCAGGAGUACACUUCAGCCAGGAGAAAUUUCAUUGGGAAUGUCUUCCUCAUGAGGAUUACUACCGUAGCACAAUAAUAGGGUGAGUGGGAUGGAAACAAGAUCUGCAAACUCGUGAGAAGAUGCGUCUUCCUGCAUCCAUUUUGUUACCUUAGGGCAGGCACCCCGAAACUCAGCCAUCCAGAUGUUUUGGGACUACAAUUCCCAUCAUCCCUGACCACUGGUCCUGUUAGCUAGGGAUGAUGGGAGCUGUAGUCCAAAAACAGCUGGAGGGCCAUGUUUGGGGAUUUAGAGUAGCAUCUUUUAGAUAAACAGGACGGCCUUUGCUACCUUUAUGGUAGUUCGGGGGUGGGAUGGGGAACCCAUGGCCCUCCAGAUGUUAUUGGACUCCAGCUCCCAUCAGCUUUGGCCAGCAUGUUGGGAGUCUAACAACAUCUGGGGCAAGUUAUAGGGCCCCCCAAUCCCUGCAGUAGUUGAUAAUACAUUGCAGUUAAAACACACACAGACACAGGUAGGAGCCAUAACAAAAUUUUUCAGUAAGACAUGGAUCUUGACUUCUUCUUAGACAUUUUCUAACAUGGGUGGGGUGGACUUGUGGUCCUCUAGCUGUUGGGCGUGCUGGCUAGGACAGAUGGUGCUUGUAGGUCAACAUCUUCCGGAGGGCCACAGUUUCCCCAUACAUUUAUGUAACUGGGUGGUUCCCCCAUCACUGGUCAGGGGCUCUUCUUUGUGAAAGGAGAAAGGAUGUCUUCUUGACAUCUCUCCUAGCUGAAUUCUAGAUGGAUGGAAGGAAAGAAGGGAGGGUUUCUGCUGUUCUGGGUCAGAGGCCUUUAAGCCAAGAGGCAAUAUGGAACCUGUAGCUUUCAAGAAGUUGGGAGACAACUUCUGCUGGACACAGCCAUCAUGGUCAGUGGCUAGGGAUGAUGCAAGAACACCUAGCAGGCCAGUGGUUUUCCAUCCUAGUAUUCCUUAGAAUACUCUGUGCGGUGGGGGCAUUCCUUGGCGCACAAGUUGGAAAAUCCCUUAGAAUAAUCCCUAUCAUUCUCAAGCAUGACUGGGGCUUUUCAGGCAAUUUCUUCUCUUCCCUCCUGUUGGAUAUAUGAAUAGAGAAUGCUAUUUUGGAUUAACCUCAUUUCGUGCCCACACGUUGCGCUAGACACAAUGAACGUUGGUUAUUUCAGAAGUGCUUGGAAAAACUAGGCCACGUUCAAUGGGCUCACGGUCUAGUUUAGAAGGAAAACGAAAAGCUAACAACUUGACUACGAGAAGGCAAAAUAAGGGCAGGAGGUGGCUGAAACAAAUGAGUCAGUGGUGUAGUCCUCUAAAUGUCUGCUCAGAUGUAUCCCACACGCCCAGGUAUGUGGGUACAGGACAGCAUCUUUGUGGUAUGCGUAUCAAGACACAAAAUAGAGGAAUAGAGAGAGGUAGAACGAGUGACAGGCAGCUAGAAAAACCCAGCAAUGAAGGAAGAGAAUAGAGAGAAGUCACGCAAGUGACUCAGUUAUUCUAAGCCUCUUCCUCUCAGCAGAACACACACUUUAUUCACAACUGCAGUGAGGUGUGUGUGGGGAGACAAGCUGGCCUUUAUUAACAGAAUAAACUUCCCUUUUUUACCUGUUGCCCAUGCAACUUAUUUUAUUGGUCCUGUUUGUACAACUCUGCUUUGUGUGUGUGUGUGUGUGUGUGUGUGUGUGUGUGUGCAUGCAAAAUGUUUUGUAUUAGGAUUCUUGAAUCUCCCUUUCUCAAUCUGCUAGAAAACAAAACUCCACCCUGUGGAAUCUAUUUUAAAGCACGAUCCUUUUUUUAAAAUUUAAAAAGAAAACACUGUACUCGCCGUGCCCUAGGAAUAAGAGCGCUGAGUCCCGGUGCAGCAGUUGAUUGGAGACUGAAGCAGAGUUGAUUCUCUUCUGUCCCACCCAAAAUGAAAAAUGCGAGUCCAGUUCAGCAGAGGUAGACAGACCAUCGAGUGCAGACAGGUGUUUCAAAAGAUUACGCUCCAUCUACCUUGAUAUGUAACAGGUGUGGUGUAAAAUAGAGAGAACAAUACUUAACAUUCAAAUAGUGCUUCUCUAAAGCAUUUCAAAUGCAUCUGUCACCCACACAAAGUCGGAACUAUCCCUAUGCUAUAGAAGAUGAAAGGCGCAGAGGUUUGGCAAAGGCUAAUCUAUUCCCUCAUGUCAGAGAUGAAUUUGGAACUCAUAACUUUCUGGCUAGAUUUGAACCCAGAACUUUUGGGCUUGCAGUUCAACCUGUCUCAAAGAUUCGGUUGCCAUGGGAGUUUCUAGUACUGCAUUAAGAUGGGACUUUAAAUCUGGUCCACUUGUCUUAAAAACUUUUUGGAACAAGGUGAUUUCUCCCCCCUCUCUUUCAGCAGCAGUCUACAAGUUUUACAGCUGGAUUUGCUUGGAUUAUUUCCCUGAGGGUGACCAGAAGAAAGAAGACAGGGAGGGCUCCUGUAUCUUUAAUUUAUUGUAUAAAAUAGGGAAUGUCAGAAGGUGUAAGCGGUACCUCCUGAAAUUUCCUCUUCUAUGCAACUAUUAAUAGUGCAGGAACCCUCUCCUGUCCCCCCUCCUAUGUUCAACAUUACUUUGUGAAUCCAUUUCUGAAAUUGCCAAACUUUAUUCAUCAUUUUGGAAUAACGGGGGGUUUCCCGACACCUAGCUAGAACGAUUUUAGAUUAGAGUAAAUAAUUAAAGAUUAGUAAUCUAACUGAAAAGGGAAGGGAAAAUUGUCAGCCCUACUUUUAAAAAGUUGAUCUUGGGAUCUGAAUUAAGGAGACUUGACCAGAUACCUCCCAAGUGUGUGUUCUGUGCUCUUUAAGCUGGGCACCUCAAUCACCCUUCUUUAAUUUCUCAGAAUUCUGCCUCUUCCGCCUGCUCCCCACAAAGCCGCUCUCUAAAUCUAGAUUAGAAGCACACCUUAUUUCAAAAGUCAGCCCUCAUAGUUGGGAGAAGAGAAGCUGAGCUGGAACCUUUUCCUGGCCUCUGCAUUCCUUUACCCCAGAAGUACCUGAUAUUUUCCCCACUUCCACUAUCUGUGUUCCAAUUUCCCAUCUUUCGUUUGUGCCAAAAAAUGCAAAGACCAAAACCACACAACAGAAAUUUCCUAGAAAUGCAAUCUUGGGACUAGAAGAACUCAGAAACACCUGACAUUUCACCCCAAAGCUGGAAUUUCCCGUUGCAGAACUUGCUUCUCCUAAUUUUGAAUUCUAGCACCCAUGACAACAUCCAUUGUUGAUAAAACAACAUCCUAGCAGAAAUUGUGAUAUCAUUUACAGGGCAAAAGCAUGUAACGUAUUUUUAGUCUAUCUCAGCAUGGUUCAGUAGCUGAAACUUAGCACGGGUAGUUCUGUGGCACCAAGAAGAUAUUUUUGGUCUUUAGGGUUGGAUACUGCAUGGAAAUGGAAGAUCUGGAUGUGGGACGCUGUGGUCUUCAGCAUUCAUCUUCAGGGUACAUCAAAAGAAAGAUGUGUGUUAUUUGAAGCACCAGUAGUCCCUCAAUAAGGAGAAUGUAGAUGGUUAUUAUUUUUCUGAGUUUCCUUUUCUUAUCUUGUACCGUGCGGUCUUGUUCUAAAGUGAUUCCAAACCAAAUGUUGGUGUUCAACCAACAGUUUAACAUAAAUGUAUUCCACAUGCUUUCCAAACUGUGUUUUUUGUAUUCUUUAAAAAAUAAAAGUAAAUAAAUCUACUUGCAAGACGGGAUGCACAUGAGCAGUUUCAAGGGCUUAAAAUACACUGGGUGAUCAACUUGCGCCUAACAAAAUAUUUGAAAUCUGUGAGAUGAUGCAAAAAUCCAAUUAAAGUUAUGAAGAGAGCAAGAAAGGGAAAAAAAACCCUCCUGUUUGAAACAUAACUUAAAAGGAAAGCAGUUCUGUUUUCCCAGAAGUGAUGUGUAUAAUAUUUCUGGCUUGGGAAGAAAGGGCUGGAGUGUUGCUGCUUCGCCAGAACUUGGUACCAGUUUCCUCCAUGCUGUUUUAGUUGAGCAGUGUUGACAUUUUAACAAAUUCUGUGGAAGCUGCUCUGAAGUGGAGGAGUUCUGCUGGUACUUUAGAGACUUUUUUCUUUCUUUUUUAAUCCUUUUUACAGUGAAAUAGCUGUUUUAAUACAGAGACCAUGUUCCAGCACGGUUGUAUUUGAUGACUGAUGGCAUUCUUGGGUUUCACAGCCUCUCGAUGUUCAUUCUAAAUUUUCUGGAGAAGAAUCAACUAUUUUUCUGAAACUUUGCAGCUUCUGUAUUUUGUGCAGUCAUUAGGCUUGCAUUACUGCGUAACCCAUAAAAAUAGUGAAUAAAGGGUUCAGUGUCUCUCUGCUUUUUAAGCAAACAAAUCUUGUUAACCUCGGAUUCCUCUGCCCCUUAUAGCUCAGGACAGCAAAGAAAUGGAAUAAGUUUUAAAAUAACUUGAAGCAGUUUUUGUGUGUGGAACUUGGGUCAAAUUUUUCUCUUGGCUAAAUGGCCAAGAAGUAUGUGCAGAUAUGUGAGUGAUGUUCUUCUGCUCUUUCUCAAAAGCUCUUAGAUGUUUCAUUUCACCUACCUAAAUAGUCACCUGAUCUUUCAUAGUGUUUUCCAUCCUCCUUUUAGGAAAACGCUGUUACUUACAUGAGUCAAGUAAUGCAUACUGUACCUACUCUUAUCUGGCAAUAUGUAUUGUAUACGGGCUUUAAACUGUAUUACUGUUUGUUUUAUAUGUAUAGCAGGCUUGUAUGUAGAUAUUCUUUUAUACAUAUAAACAAACAGUUGCUAUGAGUCAUCAGAAUGCCCUGGGAUCUUGUUUCUGUGGUCACCAUAUAAGUGAGAAUUCAGAAAAACUUAAGGCCCACCUUUCACUGAGCUGAAAAACCCAUGUCUGGGCUAGGGUGCCCUAGGACGGAAUGUCCACCCCCCAACUCCUCCUAAAAAUGGAAAAAGAAUCCACUUAGAUGACAAAUCAGGUUUCCAGAAGGCUAAAACUCUUCUCCAUAACAUGUUGUUUCCUCAUUAGAGGGAAUUUCCUUGUAUGAAGAAGCAUUAAAUUCUGCAAACCUGCCCCUGUUUUCUAAAGUGGAGCAGCUCAGUGAGAACUAGCCCUGGCUAGUUAAAAACAAUACUCAGAGGUCCACAGUGCUUUCAAAGGUCUAGAAUUUUGUAGUUCAGUGUUGUAGUCCCUCUUCUCCAUCGCAUGUUGGACACCAUUUUGCAGUUGCCUCUGCUCACAAACACACUCCUGCUCUUUUCCCCACUUGGUGCAAAAGUAAUUCUGCAAUGGAGGUUUUAAUUAUUGGCACGGCAUGCCAACAUUAGCUGCCUUUGUAAUUUAUGUGGCUUUAGUGCAGUAAUCCCCAAAUCAUGUUCUUCCUUUCUAAGAAUCAAAGCGCCCAUGAUGUCCUAUGGACAAUUCACUGCUUUCAGCCUUUGUGUGGUUUUUUGGGGGAGUGGGGGUGGAUUCUGGCCUGCACGUGACUAUCCAGAAUAGUAGUAGUAGUAGUAGUAGUAGUAAUUAAUGUCACAAUCAGAUACAGAGGCUGGACCUUUCUGAAGAAAAGUCCUUCUUAUCCACUCAAAAUCAGAGGCAUAUGUAACUCCCAAACCUGACAAGGUUUGAUUUUAACAAUUCAGAGUGUGUCUCCCUUACUGGCAGCUUGAGAAAAUGCUGUUCUAGCACCGAAAAUGCUGGAGAACACCUUGUCCAAAAGCAGCUGCAUAAUUCUGGUGGCUUCUCUGAGGUGUAAUUUGCUUGCAGAAUAUUAAUUGGCGAUCUUGCUCAAGCCCUCAGAUUUUUGUGCUGCGUCGUAUAGAGAAUUGCAUUUCACAUUGCAACAUGUUGUCUUUGUGUGGAGGAUGCAAAUGUUUGAACUCGGUUUGGCGGCUUCUCUGAUGUUCCUACCGUAAGAAUGAGAGAAACUCCUCUUGUGCCUCUGAAUGGUGGGAGCACCAACGAAUCAUCGAGUGUUUCAUAGUCCUAGGACACCAGUGUGAGCAGCCGCCAUAUUGAAGAACAAUAAUUGAGUUGAGUCAUCCAGGACAGAGAAAAUCAGGGCGACAGCAUUUCUUUGUCCAAUGCACAUCCUGCUGUUUCCUACCCCUAAAGAAAUAAACUACCUUUUCUAUAAGCAUUGAGGUUUUAUCCUGUAGUUUUUCAUCCCCAAGCAAGACAGCAAUCCUGAACACUGUUAGAUGGAAAUAAGACCCACUGACCAAAGUUGGAUUAACGUGUGUACAGUGGUACCUUGGGUUAAGAACUUAAUUCGUUCCAGAGGUCUGUACUUAACCUGAAACUGUUCUUAAUCUGAAAUACCACUUUAGCUAAUGGGGCCUCCUCCUGCUGCUGCGCCGCCAGAGCAUGAUUUCUGUUCUCAUCCUGAAGCAAAGUUCUUAACCUGAAGCACUAUUUCUGGGUUAGCGGAGUCUGUAACCUGAAGCAUAUGUAACCUGAAGCGUAUGUAGCCCGAGGUACCACUGUACGUACAUGUAACUGCAUUUGCGCAUAUCCAUUCCCUCUUUCGCCGCCUCCUCCCACCCUUGCCUCCCUCUGUCUCCUGUAUCUGGUGUGAGGAACGCAGGGUGUAGCCAGUGAUGGCAAAGAAGGAGUCUACCCUUAAAAAGUAGGGAACUUUGGGGCUGUCCUUUCUGUGGCUACAGUUCUCCCAAAACAUUCCCCAUACUUGGAAAUCCACCCUCUCCGGUGUUAGCCUGGCCUCCUUCCUGUUGCCUUCGCAUGCUAGUUUUCAGCGUGGAGGCAGUUAUUUGGCUGGAGGAAAAUGGCAGUCUUGUGAUUCUCGCACUUUCACAGAGAUUUAUUGUUCCCUGUGCUGUUGUGAGAACCCGAGGGAUCAGUCCUACACACAAGAAGCUGGUGUAAGGCGAGAGCUGAUGUCUCAGUUGGUCCAAGCCUGGCAGAGGGGAAAUGAACCUUGGAAAUAAUGUUUGAGUUACACCAUCCUUUUUGCCAGCUUAACUUGCGCGGGGUUACCAGGUCACAUAUUCAAGACUUAGGAUCCAGCCUAUUCCUCUCCAUUCCCAAUCCCAUCCACAAAACACCCCGUUUUUCGGGCUUAUGUUCACUUCAGACCCUCCCUGUUCAGCUCAGCCAUCUGGGUGCUGGCUGUGACAGGGUGGGUGGAAUAAACUGGUAUAUCUCCCGCUGAGUUGAGGAUGAGGGAGUUAUGCCAGCAUAGCCCACCUGUGUCAGGAACCUUCCGCACAGCCAGAGAUCUGCUGGAUCCUAACCCGCUCACUUUGGCAGAUCUUGCUGUGUUUCUCAAACUUCGAGUCUCCAGCGGUGGUUGGACUACAACUCCCAUCCCUGACCACUGGUCCUGCUAGCCUAGGGAUGAUAGGAAUUGUAGUCCAACAGCAGCUGGAGACUCGAAGUUUGAGAAACACUGUAGGUUGCUGUCAGAUCACACCCUAAGAUGAUAAUUGCAUCGUAGAAAAGGCCUUUCACAAUCUCUGUUCACUUUUGUAUAAUGUACAACAGAAGCUAUAGAAAUGAUCCUGAUCUUCGAAUGACUAAGGUUUGGCCACAUAAAUAAAACUUCCCUGGAACAGAUUCCUUCACACUUAGGAGGAAAAAUCUUUUCCCCUGGCCUAACUUUCUAUGAAUACUCUUCUCAUAAUUUCAACAAAAAUAGUUACAAAUUUUAUAGGUGUGCUUAAAAAUACCCCACUUAGGGUACUAAAUUAAAUGGCCAUAUAUUUAGCUAUCUGCGACAACAUGUUCCAAAGGGACUGUGUAAAGCCGUGCAAUUAAAUCUAUAUUGGGCACUUACAUAAAUCUGUGGUCAAAAUUUUGGAGGUGUUAAGUAUCAUACGUGCCAGUUGAAGUCACUGGGAAUUGCAGGUACUUGUCACCUCAGAAUAGCCGGCUACUUGCAUUGCUAACAGUAGGCCAUCAAUCAGAAACAUUUUGGAGCGGAGUCUUCCUGUUAAAAGUAUCCUUUGGCUGGAUGAAUCCCACUUUCUAAUCUAUUGCUGCAGGAAAAGUUUUGGGCGUCAAAUCAGGCCCAGAACUGGUUUGCUUGAGAAUCUGGCUUUUCACAUCCUGAGACAAGUCGCUAGAUUGCAGGAGGGAAGAAAAAGCUUUGAAAAGUCCCACAGACAAAGGCCUUCCUUUGACUAAUGAGUACAUAGUUUUUGUGCCCUUUUCCUUGGUUCCUAGUUAAACAAAUUCUGGUCUCCUUGUUCCACUUCAUCGCAUCCUUUCUUUCUACACAAUACCAAGAGAGAAGUACACCUGCCAGAAAAGUGGAUGUAAACGCAAAGCACACAAUUCAGCUAGAAUUUGCUGUGACUGAACCGGUGGAACAAGUUUUUAAACGUUGCAGCUAACUUAAGUCCCAUUGCUUUCAAUGGGGCUUAUGAAACUAGUUUCACUGGUUUCAAUUGGAUUUGGUCAUAACAUAUUUUAGCUGGAUUGUGGACUUUGUGUUUACGUCUACUUUUCUGGAAGGCGUACUUCUCUUUUGGUAAUACUUGUCUUUUAAUGUCUUUCGUUCUUUCUCUCCUCCCUCCGUCCUCCUCUUCUGUCUUCCUUGAAAUGUUCAGUAAACAAACUUUCUUCUGGGUUGAUGCCUGCAAUUCUAGUGUACAUUUUGGGCUAAACUGUAUGAUGGACAUCUCUGGUGUCUGAAUACAUAACUGGAAUAAUGUACACCUGUCCCCUGAUGUUGAGGUCAUAAGACUGUCAUCUAGAUAUUUCUAAGAAGUGUUUUAGCACAUUUUUUUACAAUCUUGCUUGCCUUUGAAGCAGCCCUGCGAAAGAGUUAGCUUCAAGGCGUCUGGACCCCAGGUUCUCAGGUGUCGUGUUGCUUUCACAGAAUCCGUAGUGAAGAUGAGAUUUGAAGCCUGUUGUCACUCAUGGCUCUCUCAUCUACACAGGAGACAAUGAAAUGAAUAAAAAUUGGUGGCUGUAGAGGCAUUCCAUGUGUACAUUUGUAUAUGUCUUGAUAGAGAUGGUGAGAGCCAGUAAAGGAGGACUGUUGCCAUGAUACCUUGCAUUGCAGCCUCGUCGUAGGCAUUUCAUUGGCUGCUUGGCAUAGACAUAAACAUCUGGAAAAAGUAAGACCUGUUUGACAGUGGAACGGUCUGCCUCCGGAGGUUGUGGACUCUCCUUCCUUGAUAGGUUUUUAAGCAGAGGUUUAAUUAUUAUUAUUAUUAUUAAGUAAUUAGUUUUAUUAUUUAUACCCUGCCCAUCUGGCUGGGUUUCUCCAGCCACUCUGGGCGGCUUCUAACAGAAUAUUAAAAUGCAAUAACCUCUUAAACAUUAAAAGCUUCCCUAAACAGGUCUGCCUUCAGAUGCCUUCUAAAAGUCUGGUAGUUGUUUUUCUCUUUGACAUCUGGUGGGAGGGUGUUCCACAUGGCGGGCGCCACUACCGAGAAGGCCCUCUGCCUGGUUCCCUGUAAGUUGGCUUCUCGCAGCGAGGGAACCACCAGAAGGCCCUCGGCACUGGACCUCAGUGACAGGGCAGAACAAUGGGGGCGGAGACGCUCCUUCAGGUCUACUGGACCGAGGACGUUUCCUGCACAAGAUGAUUCUUGGGGUCCCUUCCAACUCCAUGCUUCUAUUAUUCUAUGACCUUUGGUUUGAUCCAUCGGGGUGGUUCUUCUGUUGCCCUCCGCCUGACUCAAUGUACUCAUAAUUGCACAGGGCUAGUUGUGAAAAGCCACUUGAGGACUUCAAGAAAUUUAUGGGUGGGUUGGUAGUGUGGAAGCUGAGGCUUCCUUCCUGUGCUACUUGAAGAAUGCCAGAAGUCCCCAAACAUGGAGGAGGAGUCCUUGCUGCCUCUCUUUCUCACACUUUUGGGGUGUCCCAGUUUCAAGCUUGGAGGCUUCUGAUAUGACUCGAGCAAUGUGAGAAGUGGGAGCACUGCAGCAGCUCCCAUGCUGCAAAAGGAGCCUUGAGCAUCAAUCCACACACGGUGCAAAACAGAGUAGUGGACCGUCCCACAUUGCACCGCAAGUGGGAGCAUCAGAUUAUUGACUGCUCUGCCACGUAGAUAUAUCCCAGCACCUGGAAACCUAACACAUAAGGAAGCAGGUUGCCGUAGCUCUCUCGCUGAUGUGCUAGCUCGCUAUAUUUAUGACCUUGUCAGAUGGAUUGGAAUUUGGCUAGUGGUAUUGGACUGAGUGGUGACUAAUUUUUUGUGUGCUUUUCUUUUUCUUGUUUCCAGGAGAGAAGCCAUACAAAUGCACAUGGGAAGGAUGUGACUGGAGAUUUGCGCGCUCCGACGAGUUGACCCGCCACUACAGAAAGCACACUGGGGCCAAACCUUUCCAGUGUGCCGUGUGCAGUCGCAGCUUUUCUCGGUCUGACCACUUGGCUCUGCACAUGAAGAGACAUCAGAACUAGGCUGGACUUUUCCAUGAGGCUCUUGGUAUCUAUGCAACUUCCUAGUGACUCGGUUAAAGUAUAUAUACACGUUCAGUUAGAAUUAGCUUAAGUGUUUUGACUGCAUAUGAACUGCUCUCCAUUUUUAAAAGAGGAAAAAUUGUGAAAGAAACUGGAAGUGUAUAUUUUGUAUAUUUAUGAGGAAACAGGGAAGACACUGUGUCACAAUACUGAUGGUUUCACCAUGUUACGGCCACGUGACCUACUCUUCACGCAUUUGACUUCAGCCCCUCACAGAUGUCAUCUCAGGGCUCCCUACCAUGGUAUAUAUUUUGCAGAUAGGAUUAAUCGGUUUCAUAUAUGCAUAGGCAAAAACAUUUUGCCAGAACAGGUUGUACAAGCGUGCGGUUUCUGUGCAGUCAUGGGAGCCAUUUCCCAGAUUUUGGCUAAACACAUGUGUCGGGAAGCCAGGGUUUUGCUGUUACCUGUUUUACCACAUGGCGACUAAUGUUCAUACAUCACAGUAAGCCGUGAACAAGCAAUGUGGCCAUGUCUGCUUCCCAGCUACUGCUGCUUCACUACUCCGCUUGCGUGAGCAGAAGAAACAAACCGCAAACCAUGGCUUAGCGUGUUUUCCAAACCCAGAAUCGUGGUUUGUUCCUGCAAACCAUGGUCCCAGCUUCAGGAGGCACAGUAAGCAAGGUUUGUGUUGUUCCCACAUGUGCCAGUUGAGGAGUGGUCAACAAACACACACAACGACUCUGCUCAUUCAUGAUAAGCUGUGAUUUAUGGCUUACUGUAAAGUACAAAGACAGCUAAUGCAGUCUGGCAAGCUCUUCUUGUCUGUGGAUGUAAACAAGUGUCUAUGGAUGUAUCUGCACCACAGGUAUUUGAUAAUGCCCAUAACCUUUUUCCUGGGGACUCUUGGGGACUGUUUUGUGAUGGGGAAUCUGUGACAGAUCAGACUAUUCCUUGCAGGAAAGCAAUGACAGUUAAUUGGUAUGGAGCUGAUUAAAGUAUGUUGUAUAGCAAUGCCCCAGCUCACAUCUGCAAAAUAUAACAUGACGAGGUGUCCCUAAAUGUAAGUAUUAUGUCUCAAAAACUCUGGAAUCUAUGUUUUUGGGGCCUUGACCAAGACACUCUUGCUCUGGUAAGCAGUGUUUAGGAAAACUAAUUUAAUUUACAGCUAAGUGAAUCUAAGAGGACAAGCCACCAUUUAUUUUCUGUCAGAAUUUUACUGGAUGUUUUAUUACUUGUUAUAUUUUAUAAAAAAGUUUUUUUUCUGUGGAGAUGAAAUAUAUAUAUAUAUACAUACAAAUUCAUAAAUAGCCAUAGAACAAAAUGUUCUGUAAGUUGCAUGUUUGCUAUGACAAAGAUUUUGUAAAUAUGCAGAUCAGCUUAUAAUGUUUUCUUACAAAAGGAUUUUCUAGAAAUCAGCUGGGAAAAGUAGCAACCAUCUUACUUCGGACAGUUUUAAUAUGGCACAUUUAAAAAUUGAACCAUCUUUUUAAAAUACCUCUCAAAAAAAGUUAGCCGCCUUGGUUUCACAUAAUGAGCUAGCCAUCCAAUCGCUUUUGUUAUUGUUCACACAGAUGUGAUGCACUGAGAAUUCAAAACAGAUCACACUUCCUCCCCUAAAAUGUUUUACAAGUACAAAAUAUUUGCAAAAUAUGAACUGUUAAGCAACUGCCAGGAGCUUAAAUAACAAGGGUGGAUCUGAUACAUAAUGUUAAACCUCUUACUAUAAGCUAAACUUAAUAUUGCUUUAAAAAGAAGGGUUUAGAAUGUGGGUUUAGAAUAUCAAAACACUAAGCUGGUUCAACACCAGUACAAUCUAAUUCUGUGUGGAUUUUUUUUUUUUUGCCCCCGAUUCAACUGUAUUGAGUGUGCAUGUAGCCCUUUCAAACAAGCUGCAUUGAUCAGCUGUCUGGAGAAUGGAAAGGGGUCUGUGGGAAUCUGAUGUUGGUGUGGUUUGUAGCCUGUUUGAUCUAUAUGUCCAGGCCCAGCUCAGGUUCUGGUAUCAAAUGCACACCACCUGUUUGUGUGUGGCAUUCCCGGUGCAGCUAGUGAUAAUGUGUACUGAAACUUUCUGUGUAUUUGUCUAUGUAAUAGGGAUCUGGGGGACGGCAGCGGCUGGGACACGACUUGUAGCUUUCGCAAAGGAUACUGCAGUUUCUCCCCCACCAAAGUUUGCUAGUUAAAAUGUAAACGAUGCUGUAAUCCCCCCCCCAAAAAAAACAAGCAUCCCUUUCUUAUUAAAGCAUAAACACAUUUUGUAAAAUUGUGGAGUUCUAACACUGAGAGGGAAUGUUCUCUGCUGCUGGAAUCUAGCUCAAUAUACCAUAGCUGAGGACAGGAUGAGAGUGGAGGUGGCAGCGUUUCUGCUCGUACUCAAACCUCAUCCCAUUUUAAAUUGAGGAGAAGGAACUAUCAGUCGGAGUGCUGUUGCCUAGAGCAAAAAAUCCGUGUUUUGUGGCCCUUUGAGCGACGGGCCCUCACUGCUGAAAUUCCCUUUUCUGCCUAGCAUCUCACCACACCAACGGCUCCACCAUCUUACCACCUAGAUCAGAAUGACAAUGAAGGCAAGACGAGUUGAACCACAAAAGAGGGUGAAUUUUGAAUGUCGGAACCGAACAGGAAAAAGAAAGUCUGGGGUGUUAACUUUCAACGGUGUUCUGUCUUCAAGAGUAAUGGUUCUGUCCAUUCUCAUGGGUUUCAGAAAAUGAUCUGUGACUAGUUCCGCUUAAAAAAUAAUAAUCAAGUGGUGGCCUUUCAAACUUAAUUUUAAUUCAACAUAAAAUUUCGCAGGUUAAUCUGUUUCAGAGGCAGUAAUGGAAAUAGUACUAGCAAGCAGCACAAGACAGUUAGAUACACAAGAGUAAACUGUGCACCAUGGAAAAAUUCUGUGCAUGUUUGCUUGCAAAUAAGUCCCACUCUGUUUAUUUACUUCUUACACCUUAGCUUUGAAGACUGCUGCCUCAGGCAUUAUAAUGGGUUGAAUCCUGACAAAAGCUAAGCACUUCCAGGUCUAAUUGGCUUCAGUGGGACAAAGUAAUGUGUGCUCUUAACAGUGUGCUCUUAACAGUGCUUAUGUAUAGUUACUUGGAAGUAGGUUCUGUUACAUUCUGUGGGGCUUACUCCCAAGUGAAUGUAGAGUUGCAGCUGAGGUCUCUUCCUGGAAUCUGAGACCUAAAAUCUUUAUUAGAUUGUAGCUGAGAUUGCUAUUCAGGUCCUUGUUUAUAUAGACAAAUCCUGUAUGAAUUCUUGCUGUGCCACCUCUUGCUCAGGAGAAAGGGCAGGAUAUAAAGCAGGCAUAGGCAAACUCAGCCCUCCAGAUGUUUUGGGACUACAACUCCCACCAUCCCUACCUAACAGGACCCAGUGGUCAGGGAUGAUGGGAAUGGUAGUCUCAAAACAUCUGGAGGGCCAAGUUUGCCUAUGCCUGAUAUAAACUGAGUAAAUCAUAAUAUACACCAGAACUUGCUGUUAUUAGUAUGGCCACUCUAGUCUCUUUAGGAAGGGCAAAUCUCUCUCUCAUGUGCUUUCCAUCUUCCCUAACCCCACCUGUCAACAGGUUGGCCUAUUCAGUGCAUAGUCCUGUUUGACCAACCUAUAUUCCUGCUGGACAUCUUAGGCAACACUUUUGAAAGAAGCAGUACUCGGGAGUGCUUUCUUAAAACAGGAGAAUGUGUUAAAUUAUUUCCCUUGGAGACACGCUGUUGGAACAUUUCUUUUUCUUGUUCAGUUCCAUCAGUUCUCCACUUGACACCAGAUUGAGGUUCACUGCUAAGUUGUGCAGAUGUGGCACGGCCAGCUUGGGUGUUGGAGAGUAUGCUUGGCAGAAUCUGAGCCACUUGUGUUUUGGCAGGAACGAUGGAGAGAUGUGGACCUCGGCAAUCAGGGAACCUUUGCCACAUUGACUUCUCAGCUGAAGAAGCCCUGCUGUUCCACUGCAGAGCCUGGGGCAUAGUUUAGGGAUCAUAGCCAAUUUACAUGGAGUGUUGUCCUGGCCUCUUGGUUGCUCAAGUGAAUUCUGAAUGCCCUGAAGCACCGCCAAUACUCCUUGUGUUUCCCAAGGGAAGAUUAGUAAUGAUCAGAUGAGCUGCCUUCUAAGGAAGCUUGUUGACCACGACAGAUCUUCACCCUGAUUGAGCCCCUGAUACACUUCCAGGUUUCCCCAGAAAACCACAAAUUAUUCCGAGCCUUAUCCUUCAUUGCCAACCAGGUCCUUAAUGCUGGACUCCGGGCAACAGAGGAGGAGAUUAAGUUGUAGGAUACGGUCAGAUUGCACCAUAAGUAAUUCAGUUACAUGGGGAGGUGAUUUGCGAGGCAAGCUUUCCUUUGCAGCAGAGUUCUGAGCCUUUCCCCCUUCCUAACAGCUAAUUAACAAGCUGCUUUAGAAACUCCGGUUUGUUUUUAAUAAGUUUUUAGCCUAUUUCCUUGUUCUUUCCCAUUGUGCAUGUCUUGGAGCCCAAGAUCCGAGGGUAGAGGGUUCUGAAGUUGUGCACAGCGCUGCCUUUGGCACGAGGUGAGACACCCCAGCGUGGGCUCAGAAGCCCUUGCCUGGGCUUUUGGGGCUUCUGUGCAUCACAGCCACUGAGCUGCAAUGUCAUGCUGUCAACCAAAGGGUAGAAAGUAAAGUUAACUAAUCAACAUGCCAAAAAAGGGGGGGGGGAGGGGAGAAAGGCCUCGAAGCAAAACUUUGUUCAGACUAUUGUUUGCGUCUUUUAUUUAUUUUUGUGGUAUAUGGUAGAGAUUUUUUUUUUUUAGAAAAUUUUCCACAAACUUGAUAAAUUAAAGUUGUUUAUAGCUUUUUUCUAAAAAAAAAAAAAGCAUUGCUCUUAAUUGUAAAUAGAUGAUGGGAAAAGAUGUACAUAUUUUUUUUGUAAGGCUUCAGAUGUUUAAUCCUGGAAAAGAAAAACACAAGCAUAUUGUUUUGCUGCUCUUCCCCUGCUACUCUGCCCCACUCCCUGUCCUUAUUUUUGUAUGGCGAUAUAUCCUAUGCAAAUGAUCAAGCAAACAGCUGUAUCGUUACUGAAAGAGAAUGAGAUGCUUUAUAUAUAUAUAUAUAUAUGACCCCCUUUUUUUUUGAAAAUAAAAAGUGCCUAAAAGCAUUUCUUUGUGUGUGUCAAGAACAGAUCUCCUGAUUUUUAAAAACCUGUCUUAAUUUUAAUUUUCAAAUUGUUGGGGUACACAUAAAAAAUAAUAGAAAAUUAUUGU